AGAAAAAAAGAACAAGCGACCGUCCCACGUGACGGCAUCAGUCCUCAGUCCUCUCCACUCCCCCUCUACCUCGCCGCCUCCGCCGCGCUUGUUCCUCCCAACCCGCGGCACCUCACCCCGACGCUCUGCGUCUCUGCUCUUCCCGAGGUGACGCCCGCUCCCUGCUGCUCUUCCCCGCCGUCCACUCCUCUCCGCACUGCCCUCCCUCGGCGACGACACCAAUGUCGGCAGGUAUCCGGGGGAAGGGCGACGACAUACUGGUGGCCCAGCGGCGAUGGUGACGGCUGAGCCGGCGAAGGAAUCUCUCCGGCAUUAGCUCCGAGCUUCAAGGAAUGGGCAGUGUUCUAGCUCUCUCUCUCUGCUGCCUAACCUUGCUACCGAGCUGGGCCUAUGGCCUCGGCUCCAUGGGAUCCAUCUCGGUGUCCUACGGCGAGGACGGUCCGGUGUUCUGCGGCCUCAGCUCGGACGGCUCCCACUUGGUCGCCUGCUCCGGCGCGGACGCCUCUGUCGUCUACGGUGCUCCCCUCAGGAUCCCCUUCCUCGGCCUCACCGCGGGGGAUGGGUUCGCGUGCGGUCUCCUGCUGGAUACCAGUCAGCCUUACUGCUGGGGGAGCAACUCAUAUGUCAAGAUCGGGGUGCCGCAACCAAUGGUCGAGGGCGUGGAGUAUUCUAUGCUCAGCGCCGGGGACAACCACCUCUGUGCACUGCGGAUGCCUGACAAGGGGAUUCCUCACGGUGAUACUUCAGUGAUAGAUUGCUGGGGGUACAACAUGACUGCCACACAUGUUGUCGCCGGAGCCGUGUCCACCAUAUCAGCCGGCUCGGUGUUCAAUUGUGCCUUGUUUUCACGGAACAGGACAGUCUUCUGCUGGGGUGAUGAGACAGUGAGUGGUGUGAUUGGGCUAGCGCCGAGGAAUGUCAAGUUCCAGUCCAUAGGAGCAGGGGGUUACCAUGUCUGUGGGGUGCUGGAGAAUGCACAAGUCUUCUGCUGGGGAAGGAGCUUGGAGAUGCAGCAGGUGUCACCUACCGGUGCUAUCGGUGAAGGCGAUGUAAGCAUAGUGCCCAUGGAUGCAAUGGUCUCCGUAGUCGGCGGACGAUUCCAUGCUUGCGGCAUCAGGAGCCUUGAUCACCAAGUAGCUUGCUGGGGUUUCCAACUUCAGAACAGUACAUCAGCACCCAAAGGUCUCAGGUUGUAUGCAAUAGUGGCUGGAGACUACUUUACUUGUGGGGUGCCUGCUGAGACAUCCAUGAAGCCAAGGUGCUGGGGCAAUAGUGGACCAUUGGCACUACCAAUGGCGGUAUCGCCUGGGAUUUGUGUAUCUGCUGCAUGCAGCCCCGGAUACUACGAGUAUGUUAACCAUGGUGAGCUUGGUGGCAGUAAGGCUUGUAAGCCUGGAAACUCUAGACUCUGCUUGCCCUGCAGUGCUGCCUGUCCAGACAACUCGUAUGAGUCAUCACCCUGCAAUGUCACGGCUGACCGUGUGUGCCAGUUUGAUUGCUCGAGGUGUGUCUCAGAUGAGUGUUGGUCAUACUGCACAUCCCGGAAGCAGACCAACAACCAUAAGUCAAUGGAUUUUCAGAUGCACAUUUUUGUGGCAGAGAUUGCAUUUGCCAUCAUCUUGAUUUUCACAGUGACAGCCAUUGCUUGCCUAUAUGUACGGCACAAGCUUCGAGAUUGCCGAUGUUCAAAGAGCAAGUUGAGGAUGACAAAGAGUACAACAUACUCUUUUCGAAAGGAUAACAUGAAGAUCCAGCCUGACGUGGAAGAUCUGAAGAUCAGGAGAGCUCAGGAAUUUUCCUAUGAGGAGUUGGAACAAGCAACCGAUGGCUUCUCGGAGGAUUCACAAGUCGGCAAAGGUAGCUUUUCAUGUGUAUUCAGGGGCAUUCUGAGAGAUGGGACAGUCGUUGCUGUGAAGCGUGCAAUAAAAGUAUCGGAUGCGAAGAAAAGCUCAAAGGAGUUCCAUACUGAACUUGACCUCCUCUCUAGGCUCAACCAUGCACAUUUGCUCGACCUACUUGGUUACUGUGAGGAUGGCAGCGAGAGGCUCUUGGUUUAUGAGUUCAUGGCUCAUGGAUCCCUGUACCAGCAUCUGCAUGGCAAGGAUUCAAACUUGAAGAAGCAACUGAACUGGACCAGGCGGGUUACCAUUGCUGUCCAGGCUGCUCGUGGAAUAGAGUAUUUGCAUGGCUAUGCUUGCCCACCAGUAAUUCACCGAGACAUUAAGUCUUCAAACAUAUUGAUUGAUGAGGAUCACAAUGCACGUGUUGCCGACUUUGGUCUAUCUAUAAUGGGCCCUGUAGAUAGCGGCACACCACUCUCAGAGCUGCCGGCAGGGACACUUGGGUACCUUGACCCUGAGUACUACCGUCUCCAUUACUUGACGACAAAGUCCGAUGUCUACAGCUUUGGAGUUGUUCUUCUAGAAAUUCUAAGUGGCAGGAAAGCCAUUGACAUGCAGCUUGAGGAGGGCAAUAUUGUUGAAUGGGCAGCCCCGUUGAUCAAAGCUGGGGACAUUUCUGGCAUCCUUGAUCCAGCCUUAUCUCCUCCCUCUGACCCGGAGGCUUUGAAGAAGAUUGCAGCUGUGGCAUGCAAGUGUGUAAGAAUGCGAGGCAAAGACCGGCCUUCCAUGGACAAGGUGACAACAUCUCUAGAGCGUGCACUUGCACUGCUGAUGGGCAGCCCAUGCAUCGAGCAACCCAUUCUGCCAACUGAAGUUGUUCUUGGGAGCAGCCGCAUGCACAAAAAAGUAUCACAGAGGUCAUCCAAUCAGUCGUGCUCAGAGAAUGAGCUCGUUGAUGGGGACGACCAGCGGAUCGAGUACAGGGCGCCAUCUUGGAUAACGUUUCCAAGCGUGACCUCGUCGCAGAGGAGGAAAUCAUCAGCGUCGGAAGCCGACCUGGAUGGCCGAACAACCACAGAUGGGAGGAAUGUCGGGAGCAGCAUAGGAGAUGGUCUGCGGUCACUGGAGGAAGAGAUUGGGCCGGCGUCUCCACAGGAGAACCUGUACUUGCAGCACAACUUCUGAUGAAAUGCCAAGAUCAGCUGAAAACAUGGAAACCGUCUGCCGUUUUAAGUUCAGACUUUGUGACCUGUUGCUUUGGCCAUUCCGGAGAGAGGAUCUAGCUAUAUAGAGUACGUACUGGAAGGAUUUUUAGCAUCUGGAGGCAUUUCUUUGUAGAUUGAUUCGGUCGUCCUAUAAUUGCCACUUGUAUUUAUAAGUGGAAUGGCCACAGUUGAUGAGUCCUGUUCUGUAGCUCGCAGAUACGUGUAAGUGUGUAGUUGUCUUUCUGUUGUUGGUUUCCCUGCAAAUUAGCAUAAUAUUCUCGUCCACCGUGUUAAGCAUCUUUUCGCUUUGCGGUGUAUGUUUUGCCUGCAAACUAGCAUAAUAUUUUGCCAACUGA